UCAAUUUCCCGCCAAUUCAAAACCCUAAAAUCGUUUAUCCUUUCCAGUUAAUCUCCGUCCUCAUUUCCAAAAUCGAAGCUUUGCGUUUCAUCAAUGGCGGAAGAAGAAAACGCAUCAAUGGCGGAAGAAGAAAACACCGAGGCAAUCCAACCCGAAUUCCCAAUCGGAAGGGUCAAGAAGAUCAUGAAGCUCGACAAUGACAUCAACAAAGUGAACUCGGAAGCCCUAUUCCUCGUCACGUGCUCCGCCGAGCUCUUCCUCCAAUUCCUGGCCGAGAAAUCCGCAGAGAUCACAACGGAGAGGAAGCGGAAGAUCGUGAAGCUCGAACACAUUCGAAUCGCCGUCAAGAAGCACCAGCCGACGAGCGAUUUCCUCCUCGACUCGCUUCCCAUGCCAUCUUCACAGCCUUCAGAUCGUCCGGCCACCGAUCAAAAGCGUUCUGGCUCAGUCUCAGAGAAACCGGUCCCGGCAGGCACACGGCGAAUCGAUCACAUCUUUCAUAAGUCGGCAAAUGAAGCUCCGAUUCUGAUCGACAACGACGAGUCGUAGAUUCUUUUCGAUCGAGUACUUUCAAUUAUGAAUGUUUGAAUGUAACUUGCGCAUUUUUCCUUUUUUAACUUUUUGUUUACGUUAAGGGAAAGAUUAGUGAAUUGAGAAAUUUUGAGAUGUGCCAAAUCAAGGUUAAUGAAUUAAUCCAAUUAUUGUAGUUUAUGUAUAAAUCAAAAAGUAGAAAAGCUAAUUGUGCGUAGUUGUGAUGGUGAGGUUUGUUUUUCAAAUUUAAAGAAAAGAUUGUUGCAAUUGGGAGGUUAUAAAUCCGGCGAUUUAUCAAUGUACCUUUUAUGUUUUGUAGGCUAAGCAUUUACAACUAGCCGGAAAAUGGGCAUUCAAAUUGCCAAAGAUUGUGUGAAAACGUGGUAACCGAGUUAACCAUCUGCAACCUCGUUCCAAACGCUCUGAACAGUGGGAACCAGUUUGUGCCCGGCUGGAAUCAUUGAACAAGAAGGAGGUGGUCAAAUCUAAAGAGAUUUCUUACUGGCUGUCUGCAAACCCUAAGGUCAAAGAACAACUGUAUUCCCAACAUUCUCAUUAUCACUUGAUGCACUAGAUCCAGAAAUGCCAUUCAAAAAUUGCAGAAGAGACAAGAAGUAAAAGGAAAUUCUUCAAGCAAUGUUGGAGGAUAGUUGCAUAUAUAUAAAAUCAAAAUGAAGUUCUUCACAAAUACAAAAUGUAAGUAUAUAACUGUAUAACUGAUAUACUUUAUUUACUUAGUCUUUACUUUAUUCACACUGAUGCUAUUAUAAAGAGUACCAGUAUAACACAGUUGGAGAGCUGCUUGUCUAUUGUCUUCUCAAAGCCUAAAUGAAUAAAAAAUAUGGAGUUUAAAUGACUUCCUUGCCUUUACAAAGAAAUGAAGACUGUACAUAAUAGCUUUGCUAUGGCUGAUAAAGAAGGAAGAUCAAAGUUCAUGUCAAAUGCUGCAUCUCUUUCUCCCACUUAGGACUGCUGUUGGGAUCUUGGGUUCGCUAUUGUUUGGUCUAAAAGCUAGGUGCUUGAGAGGGAGCUCUUACUGUGGCAUGGUCCUAGAAGAGUGGUGAGCCCCAUUGGUUUUUGAAAUUUGACAUCAAGAAGUGUUUUCAUACCAUCAAC